UUAUAACUAGCGUCACGAAACUCGGAUAUGUAAGGGGAGAAAAUACCCUACUUUAAGAAACGCUAGGAAAAACGCUGUGAUUUUUUACAAGACUGGCCGUAUGUGCGGUGUUAACAAUGGAUUUGUUCGUUCGAGAUGGUUUUGUGGUUGUACGAUUGUGUCUUAAAAUUGUGAAAAAGCUUCCCGAAAUUUUAAUAUUUUUGUAAUCGAUAGAUUUACUGUUGUUACUACAGAUUUUAAAUAUUUAUCUUCGAGGUGCCCAAAUUUCAAUCAGGUCUGGUAAACAAGAAAAUGAUCAAAGUCGUCCUAACAUGGCUCACAUAUCUUUCCGCCGUAUCUUCAAUCCCACAAUUCGAUCCCACUGCCCUCCUCCAAGGCAUUUUAAUCCCUGCCGAUGUCGCUGUCGGCACCAUCAUCUACAGACUGCGUGCCCACGACCCAACCUUCGAGUACCCUCUAGUCUUUUCCCUCCAAAACGAACCAACAACCGUCAGCAUCACCAGCCUGAACUGCACUCGUCUCAAUUCCAUUUGCCAAGCCAACGUCGUUCUAAGACGAAAACUAAAAGUUGAUCUCUUUUACGACUUCAACGUAAUUGUACAAAACCAAAGAGGUGAAACUGCCGGUCUAAAUUGCUCAUUUCGAGCAACGAACGCAACGACACCAAUUAACGAGAUUUUUCCCGGAGCUCCGACUUUGUUGAGCGUCUCUGAAAGUGCCAGAAGAAACGCGGAAUUAGGAAGCAUAAUUGCGAAAGGAAAUCCCAAUCGACCAGAUGGUGUCCUACUGGAAUUAUGGGGGGCAGCACAGUUUGGACUUUACCAAAAACUGAUCACGGAAAAAGACGCACAAGCCACUAUUGUUCUGUUAGGGGCGCUGGAUUAUGAAACAACAAAUGUGCAUCAUCUGACUAUAUUAGCUAACGACCCUUGGACUCGAAUGCAAGAAGACACCCGAAACAUCGCAAGCUGGUCCCUCCUGAUCGCCGUCAUCGACGAACAAGACACCCCUCCAAUCUUCACCCUAGCCCCACCUACAACAACCCUAAGCCCCAGCCUUCUUCCCGGCGAUGUGGUCUUGCGAAUCCACGCCGAAGAUGGCGACCGAGGCAAUCCCAGAGACAUACGAUACGGUCUAGUUCCCGAAAACAACCCCUUUACACCUUUCUUCAACAUUUCGGAAGAAACCGGCGAACUUCGCCUCGUACGACCUUUAAACGAAAUCGUCGCCAUUUCGCACAGCGGCCAACCCAUUCUCCUGACGGUAAUUGCCGAAGAAGUCCGAACAAACCCACAAGAACCCUCAGCGCAAUCAUCAACAGUAAGUCUAGCCUUGAUACCGCCCGGUAUCCGGCCCGGAAGACCAAUUUUUGGGUCAAGCGAAUACCAAACUCUCCUGGACGAAAAUUCGCAAAGUGGAACUGUUUUAAAUUUACCACAGGCCGAAGUUGUGGCCCAACCUGGAGACGUGGUGGCGCUGACACUAGUCGGAAACAACAACACUUUUGAAAUUGCCCCAAGUGUGGUGGAAGGACAAUCAAAGUUUGAAAUACGUGUCCAUGACCCGAAACUGCUAGAUUACGAAAAAUGGCACUCUGUUCAAUGCUAUAUCGUUGCAAGGGAAGUCGGGACUGGGAAUUUUACAGCACAAGCGAAACUAGAAGUGUUACUCAACGAUGUCAAUGACAAUGUUCCCGAAUUUUCGCAGGAGGAAUACCAAGGAACAAUUCAGGAAAACGCACCCUUCGGGACAACACUUCUAAGGGUUGAAGCAAGUGAUAGUGACCGAGCUCCCGGUAGCAAAAUCAAGUACGUGCGACUUUAUGGUGACGGAAGUGAUUUUUUCAGUUUGGACUCAACUACCGGUCUUGUCACUGUUUCCGAUCCUUCGGGUCUAGAUGCUGAGAAACACCCAAAGUUGAGUUUCUUCGUUGAAGCUGCAGAUGAGGAGGGAAAAGGGCAAACGUCAACUGCUUCCAUAAUAGUUCGGUUGAUUGACAUCAACGAUGAAGCGCCACAGUUUGAGAAAAACGUCUACGAGUUUAUUCUAAACCAUGACAAGACUGCGUUCACGACCAGAGCGUUUAUCAAAGCAGUUGACAGGGAUAUAAGUCCACCAAAUAACGAGAUUCAUUACGAAUUGAUCAAACCAGUUGAAGGUCUUCACUUGAAUGAAAGAACGGGGGAGUUGGUGAUUACGAGGACUUGGUUGGAGAGUAAUAUUGUAAUUACGACGGCAAGGGCUUGGGAUGGGGGUGUUCCAAGAUUGUUUAGUGAGUGUGAGAUUAGGAUUUAUCCACCUGAGAGUCACUCGAGACGGAUGGUUUUUAUUGUGCCUGGGAAAAAUCCUGAUUUGGCUGAUCUUCAGAAGAAAUUGAGUGUGUUGACGGGUGCCAAGAUCACAAUUAAUGAAGUUAGGCCAUAUUUGGGGGCGGAGCCUGGAGCCAAAGACGUCAGCGGCUACAAUUCAGAAAAAAGUGUGGUGGUUGCCACCGCCACCUACUCGGACGACUUCAUCGACGUCAACACCGUCAAACAAGUUUUCGACGAAAAACACACAACCCAAAUUGAAAAAGCGUCCCAAAACGGUGGCAACCUUCUCUGGCUACUCAUCCUUCUAAUAAUCCUAGCCCUCCUACUGGCCAUUAUCCUCAUCCUGUGCUGCAUUUGCCAAGGAUGUCCUUUAUACGUCCCCCCAAAGCGUCGAAAAGUAGUUUCCGCCGAAAUAAAAAAAGUUGUCCGUGGUUCUGGUAACGGAAAAGAAAGCAAAUCUGUUCAAGUUGCCGAAUGGUUCGGUCGUCGGGAAGCUUGGUCUCCUGAACACGUCGACAACGAAGCUGAGUCUUUACAAAGACACGAACAGGAAAGAGGUUCCGACCGAACUGAAGCCAGACGUACGAUUCAUCGACCACUACAAAGGGAACCGUCAAGGGAACAGUUUUACAUCCGUGAAGGAAACACCGAUAUUUUACGAUUGAUAACGCGAGGGAAUGAUCAAAGGGCCGACCAAACUUACUAUAUAACAGACAGUGGGAAGGAUAUCCUCAUGAGACGCUUCAUAGACCAACAACAAGCCGAAACUUUGAAACAAGUCCCUUUACCAAACUCAGUCACAAAACUACAAACUGAAAAUGAACUCCUUGAACAAUCCUUGAGACAACAAAACGCUUUACUUCGCCAGAUUUUGCUAGAACGUGAGCGGGAUUUGAGAUUGGAGACUCAGUCGCUUCCUGCAGGUACUCAGACAGAUCAGGAUCGGGAAACGCAAACUGAGCCACUUUUCCUGAGACCGCCUCGAAGAAGAGUUCGCUCAGAUAACGAUGCGAGUGAUGGAAGUGACGACGAAAUCUCCAUAAUGAGAGCAAGAGCCAGAAGGCGAAGAACACAACGAAAAAUCAAAACACCGAUUCAGGAAGAAUCAGAAGUUGAGGAAAAACCAGCCAAAAGCAAAAGCAUCACAAAACCAUUGAUUCGCCAAACGCGAACCAGUGAACUCCGCCAAAAGAAAGCAACAGCUCUUUCCACAAAACCAAGAAAUAUCCGAAAAGAAGUCUUGAGGGAAAUCUCAGCAUCAUUGGAACAUAGCGAUAGCAGUGAAGAAUACUACACUGAAGAUAGCCUAGAUGAAGCAACUCCACGUUCAGAAAAAACAACAUCAACACGACACAAGUACCACUCUGAGAGCGAUCUUCGGGUCCCUUCACCCGUUAGUGGUAAGCCCAAGUCACAGAGUCACUCGGACCUGACCACCAAGCCCAAAAAGAAGCCCAAAACCAAACGGACGGCCAGGUACAUGGAAUGGUACAACAAAAGUUCCAAAACCACGACCAGUAAAGACACCACAAGUGUCAAAUCGGAAAAACCCCCAACUAAAGAAGACAAGCUCAUCAAGGAAACGGUCCGGAAAGUUACCAGUCGGUUAAUGCAAGACACUGAAUCCAGUUCGAAGAAGAAAGUUGAUUCGAAAAAAAGACCAACGGGUCCGGAACAUCCUCUGUUGCAACAUUCGGAACAUCGGUUCGAAGUGCGGUAUCCGAGGAAAGUGGAGGAUGAUAAAGAUACGGAUUCGGGGAUUGCGUUGACGAGGCUUCCGAUUGCACAGAAGAAGAGUAUUUUUACCAUCGCCUACGAUGAUAUGCAUACGAAGCAGUUGGUGGCUCAGAGUCCACCUUUGUAAUUUUUGUACGUUUAGUUCAUUGACCGCGAUUUUCUUAUCUCAUGUAAAGGAUUAAUUAAAUAAUGACCAGUAAA